AUGUCUCUGCUGCACUACUACGAGACACAGCGCUCCACCAAACGCAGGAAAAUAUCCGACGAGAACGUCGAUCUGGACCGCAAGGAGAGCGAUAAGCCGCCACGAAGCCCCAGUCCGUCCACUGGGGUGGUGGAUACAUUUCCAGUUGACGAGGCUGAACACCCGCCUAAAAGUAGUCAAACAGAACUUGAAACCUCAUUGCCGGAUAUAGAGACGGACGAGCAGGCAAUUCAAGCAUAUGAGGCAUCACAGGCUGCGGAUGACGCGGAGUCAGGCUUGCAAGUGAGAUUGCGUGACGGCGUCUGGAAGAAGGGGAAAAGCUCCAUCUAUGUCGAUGCUUUCAACUUGGCAUUGGAGACCGUGCUGGAUGAAGAACCACAUCUCUUUAGUGAAGCCGAGACGGAGGUGUUUACGCAAUGGAAGGGCUUGUCCUAUGAGUCUCAGUAUCUAUAUGUGCGGCUUUUCUUGCGCAAGACUUCCGCAUGGCAUCGGGUCAAUCGACUGGGCUAUUAUUCCGACAUCUCCGACUUGUCUGCAGUAGCCGUUGAUCUUCAGUACGAUCGAACACUGCCGAAAGUUGAAGAUCAAGAGCAUAGUGAAUUGGACUUUGAAGGCACCUUUCGCUUUGCCGAUGGGACAUCAGAGAUUAAGACUCUGGAAGAGGCAUCGUCUCUUUUAUUGCUCGAUGAACUAAAGGGAUUUGCCAAGGAGGCCAAGGUACAGGGCAAGAACAAGAAAGAGCUGCUGGCAGCUCUAUGUGAGACCAGUCAAACGCAAACAGGCCUUGGGUUCAAGAACGAGGCAGACAGCACACAAUCUGAGAACAGAGAAAGCCAUUUUUUAGAGAAGAUCUUGGAUUACACGGGCGAUUGCAUCCGGCUCUCUUCUGGACCUCGUGCUUUAUUCGAGCGCGUGCAUUUGGUCUUUUAUAGAUCAACCGAGUGGACCGAGAAAUCACUGACGACAAUCAUUCUGGCCAAAAUAUCGCGGAGAAACUUCCCUGAAUACAUCGUAUGCCGAUCAAAUUCCAUAUUCCCAUCGAGGGGAGUCCUCAUGGAAUUUGAAGCUGCUCUGCGGACCCAGUUUGAUAUUGACAAUAUCCUGGAAUUCAAUGGCCCCCCGAGUACAGAGUCAUUACAACGCAUCAUUGAUCUCGCUAAUAAGUUUCAUCCUCGCUGGCAAGAAUUAACCAAAGAAGAGCAACAGAAAGAAGAUUCCAUCUACGACAGCGGCGAGGGCGCUUAUCUGCGCCGAUUUUCUCCCGCAUGGGUCUACACACGGAUCAUCCACAAAAGCCUGCAUCCACUGGGUCGAUUCAAGGAACAUAAACGUGAGCAUGAGGUCCUCACAGAGCUCCUUGACCAGCGUUUAUUCCACGCUGCUCGUCGUGGCGCCUGGUACCAACGUAAAGCGCUCCUAGAAGAGCACUAUAUGUGGGCCUUAACGCCGUCAGAAGACCGAAACGAAGAAAAACAACGCAAGUUCUGGAAACGAAUUGCGCUGCGAACGUGUGAGGAAGGCCUGGAAGAUCCCCUCUGUCACUUGAUAUACCAUUACGAUCUGCAAAAACGUAUAACAAAGCUUGAAAGGGCCCUGAAAGUCGUUAAGAGAGAACAACAUGAUUUCGGCCAUGUGAUGCUGAGCAAACCGGCUGAACGGACAAUCGAGGGAAUCCGUAUCGAGCGGGAUGAACCCGCGAAGAAAGGAAAAGCUACAAUAUGGAUUGACGAGAGGGAAGGCGGGGAGUGUCGAGUGGAAAGCAUGUGCUUAAGCUGGUACCGUGAUCACGGCUGGAAAGGAUAUCACUCCGAAGGAGGCAUCGUUCGAACUCUGUUCGGAAUCCUCUUCUACGAUAUCCUAUUUACUUACGUCCCCAACGUCUUCCAAACACCAUUCCAAACCUGUCCCCUCGAUCUCCAUACAGACGUGUUUUACCCAUCUCGGGCAUCAGAGAUCAAUCACCGACUAGUCGAGAUUACGAAUGGCGACGCAGAACGUAUCAUCCGGGAAACUCAUACCCGUGAAGCAGCUACACAACCCUGUGCUAUCGGCAUUGACUGGUCAUUUGAACUAGAGGAUCUGCUUGAAAUUGGGCGGUGUUUCCGAGGUGAGGCACUGGCUACUAUCUGUAAGGUCAUGGCACAGGAAUACCAACAGCGUGGCGGUGGUAUCCCUGAUCUCUUUCUUUGGAAUCCUGAGACGAAGACUGUCAUGUUUGCGGAGGUCAAAUCCGAGAAUGAUCGAUUGAGUGAUACACAGCGGUUAUGGAUCCAUAUUCUUCUGUCUGCCGGGGUCCAGGUUGAGCUGUGCAAUGCCGUUGCGAGGGAAGUGAGGAUGGAGUAG